AUGUCCUGUCUAACGAGCAUUCUGCAGCUGCUGCAAUUUCUGACAACGCUUUCGGGUUGCAAUAUUUACAGAUAUGUCGAAGGCAAGCAGAUAUUCAGACUGAGCCCGAAGAUUAAUUCCCUGGUGGGGGCCAUGCACAGAUUCUGGCUGAGACCCUGGCUGGUGGUGACAUUUCUGAUGCACUUAAUCUUCUGGAUGGUGGAGUUCCUCAACGGAAUGGCAGACCCCACGCCCGGAAGCGAACGGCCCCUACAUCUUAUCUACACAGUGGGACUGACCAUCGCCUCCACCCAGAAUUUUUGCAUCAGCAUUGGAAUCGCCUAUCAUUACAGGUAUCAUCGUAAUCUGAUGCGACAGGUGCUUAACGGGUUCGCGAGUAUCUAUUUUAGCUACGAGAAAAUUUGUGGACGGGCUCCGAAAAUAAACUGGUGGUUUUUCGGUAUUCAAACUUACAGAGUGCUUAUCGCUUCCUUUGUGCAUCAAAAAACAUCGAUUCUAGCUUUCGGAACAGGAUCCCAGAUGAACAUAGUUCUGCGUGUAUUUGGAUUGCUAUUCGUUUGCAUUCAACCCUUUCUAUUGUCCAUGGUCGUCCAUUUGGGCAUCUUGGUUCUAUAUGCCUGCUACGACAUCCAGAUAAACCCAAUGCAAAGUCGAAAGUCAUUAAAGCUCAAUGUUUUCCACCGAAAACUGAUCAGACUUAGGCACAAAUUCGAUUGUCUGGCGCGGCCCUUUGUGUGGACGGUUUUGCUGGAGAAUUUCCUACUAUUUAUAGGGAACUUUCAUUUGGUCCUGUACGAUCAGCAGUCAGUUAAACAUCUUGGCCAAAGCCUUUUCGGCACCUUCAUUUUUCCGAUUGUCCUUUUACAUGUGAAUGUGGCCAUUAAGACCGCCGAGAAAACGUUCGGCCAAUUUAAGGCCAACUUUAGGCCACAGAGACAAACACAAUUGCUUUGGCUUUACAGGCAAAUAAUGGAAACUACAGCUGAUAGAAAUAAUGUCUUUCGCCUGGAUCGGGGACUUAUUUUGGAAAUGCUUCGACUAGGAUGGGUAUUUGCCAUGUUUGCGAAUAGCUUGUUGCUCAACAGCACAGCCAAGCUGAGGCAUUUUGAGGCUGUUAAGUAUAAGAAAUUUAUUUAGUCCGAGAUCCUGUGUUUAUAGCCGAAGAAAUCCUUUAAACUCUUAAUGACAUUUUUUUGAUAUUAAAUAUUUUGAAACACCUA